GAGGGAUAUUUGGGGCAGGAAACCUACUCGUUACUCUGUCUUUCUGCGAAGAAACUUGGGUUUGUGCAUAGGUGUGCCUUGGACUUUGUAUGCUCUCUCUUCAUACUUCCUGGAUUUUGACGGUUAUUGGAAAGAAAAAAUUGAAGAAAAUCGCGUUCGGAUCAAGGAAGCCACGAGAGACCUGGAUUUUGCGAGGAAGACGAGGGAGGAAACGGAGCAUUCUAUUAUGAG